AUGUUCCGUCGUCCCGUGGUUCGUACGACGAAACUCCGACAUUCGGCUCGAUUUGCCGCUAAAGAAGCGGCUCGAGUGCUCGAUGGAGCAGAACGAUCGUCGUUGACCAAUCAGAAACUCGCCAAGCUCGAACAAGAUAACGCACACGAGGAUCCGCAUGCGAACAUUGUUUGGCGAAAGGAUUUGCCGAAUUUCGAAGACGAAAUGAUUGGUGGUCCCAAGAAGAAAGGCAGUAGAAAACGAGCCGCUGCAGCUCCUGCUGGUGCUGGUACAAAUCCAGCCAAGAAAAGAAGAAAAUUCCGAGCCCGGCGGUUCCGAAAUUUCAUCUCAGCGCUUGAUGAAGCGAAUCAGAAGUAUCGAAAGAACAAACGGUUAUAUCGAGCUUUUUUCAAGGCCACGGCACCGGCUCCGAAAGUGGAGGGCAGAAAGUUUUGCGCUCCGUGUGGAGAUGUCGGUAUUUACUCUUGUGUAAGAUGUGGUACGCCAUACUGUUCGAUUCCAUGCCGUGAUAUUCAUAUGGACACCAGGUGUGAACGAUGGAUACGUUGA